AUGGACAAAAAUCAUGAACUAACAGGAUAUCUCCAUGCUGUAUCGCCAGUGAAGAAAAGCUCAAAAUCAAGCUACUUUGAAAUGUUACUUCAAACUGGCUCUGAUACGAAAGUUACAAAGAUCAGUGGUACAAAAAAAGUAACUACAGGGAAUGGAGAAAAAUGUAAAGCUGAAUGCUUCCUCAGCGAUCCAUCCGGAACAAUAACAUUAACUCUCUGGGAAGACAAAAUAAAUGAAGUCAGUGAAGGAAAAACUUAUACAUUCCAUAACGUUAGAGUUAUAAAAGAAUACAAGUCUGACAAACUAGCCUUGGGCACAACGAUGCAUGACUGUACAGUGUCGGAAGCAGAGGACUUCAUUGAAUCCUUACCCCAGUCUGUUGAACUGCCUGAUUCUUUUACAACCACAGAGGCCAAGGUUGAAGUCAUUGGUCUGCUAACAUUCGGAAAGUACCUUUCAUGUUUACAGUGCCACAAAAAGGUAGCAGAUGGAUCUUUUACUGCCAAGAUUAUAAAAUGUGGUAACUGUAAUCUGACGCAAAAAAGAGAUAAAUGUAUUACCAACUGUUUUGCACAAGUUAAAGUUUCACAAGAUGACAACCAGUUCACUGUAACAUUCUUCCAAGAACAAAUUAAAAAAGUUUUUAAUAUCUUACAACGUCCACAAACACUGGAUGAAGAAAAGAUAACAGAAGCACUCUUAGAUGCUCCAAUCUUAAAAAUAAAAUAUGACAAUAAAUCAAAGAUCAUAAACGAGGUAUCUCCCUAUAUCAUUUGAAUAGCUGUUCAUGUACUUCCCUCAUCAUUGGCAAAGGUUGAAAACAAAAACGUGGGAAGUGCAAACCUGUACAAACAAAAUUACAAAGUUCUUUUAUUAAUGCCAGAUUUACGCUCACAUACAACCUGUAAGACAGUAUACACAGGCAGAAAUGCUGUUAUAGUUUAUUCCUAUUAAAAUCAUUGUGUAAAUGAUUUCGAUCAAAAAGUAACAAUAUACAACAUUGAAUGAGUGGUUCAGUUGCUAUUAAUUAGAUUACACUUUAUUGCAAUUUUUUGGCAAUUUCGUUAACUUUGAGUAGUUCCGUUACAGUUAUUGCCCCUUAAACAGUUCUUGAAGUACCCUUAAGUUUCGUUACAGUUCAUUACAACAUAAAUAUACCAUGUGGAAUUACUAAUGUUUAACAAAAUAAGUUGUGUUAAUAAAAGCAAUUGAAUUACCACA